AUGUCAUCACAGCACAGUUUGAAUAAUACACUAUCGGAGUGGCUUCGGCUCAAGGAGGCGUAUCCGUCUUUGUUCGAAUACGAUGAUUACAGUGACUAUUACGAGGUUAACUACCUUCCGGAUGUCAGCGUGCCUGCCAAAAUAGCUCUUUGCAUCGUUUUAGGAAUCAUUACUAUUUUUUGUGGAUUGGGUAAUACUUUAUUAUGUAUAACAAUAUUUCGCUUGAAGAGGCUUCGAAAUGUCACUAACCUGUUUAUUGCCAGCCUAGCUGUUUCCGACCUACUGGUGGCUGUUAUAUGCGCCCCACUGAGUCUUUACUAUUACAUAGUGCAAAACUGGGUAUUUGGAACCGCGCUAUGUACAAUUGUGGGUACGGUGAAAAACGUAUCAUUGAACGUGUCCGUGAACACAUUGCUAACCAUCGGAAUUGAAAGAUACUACGUGAUUCACCAUCCUAUGAAGCCUCGAUUACAGAAAAGAACAGUACUUGUGGUCACGCUUGGUACAUGGCUGUUAUCGUCCUUAGUAGCCUUACCUACGCCUUUGUUUACAACGGUAUCCAGUGGCUACGAUAGAGAUGGGCGUCUUAUCCACUACUGUGGCGAAUACUGGUCUAACAGGCUGGCCUCGAGGGCCUACAUCGCGUUCCUCACAGUGACGGAGUAUCUUGUUCCCAUGACGAUACUGACGUUCGCAUACUGCAGCAUUGUGAGAAAGGUCUGGUUUCACCAGAUGCCAGGCGCCACCACCGGCCGCAAUCGCGAUAUUGCAGGCGAACGCAAAAAGAAAACCAUACGAAUGUUGAUUCUCGUAAUGAUCUUUUUUGGUAUCUGCUGGGGACCUUAUUACAUCUACAACUUAUUGAUCCAUUUCAACGAAGAUAUUCUGUCAGACGACAGAAACAACAUGACCAUGUUUUAUAUUGUUGAAAGCAUCGCCAUGAGCAACGGUCUACUCAACACCAUUGUAUAUUUCCUCAUGAAUGAUGCAUACCGCAAGGAAUGCUGGGACAUGUUGGCAGUACUUUUCAAAGUCAAGAAAGGGCUUGCCAGAAGAGGAAACCUGAGUGUAGUCACCACCACGAGGACAUCCGCAAGAAGUAGCUUUCUAAAUACAAGAAAUUCUCGGUUGGAUUUGAAUCAGAUUGAUGUAGUACGUGAGAGUAUACAUGAGGAAAACUAUUUGACAUUAACCAAACCUGGCUCUGAUUUGAAAAAGCGGCCUGGUAUUAAAAUUCUUGGUAACAGUGAUGGUGACCCUGAUCAGCUGUCUGAUUUAGUUGGUGUUGUAAAAGGACUACAACAAUGUGUAGAAACGCUGGAAAACCGAGAUUGUGACUCUCCGAGAGAGGUCACAAGGCGAAAGGUCAAACCAGAGUAA